GGAAGGCGGAAGUAAGGAGCGUGAGGGACCCGGGGGGGGCGGGAGGCGGCGGCGGCGGACCCCCCCCGCGCCGGCACCGGUGAGCGGCGGCAUCGCGGGGCCUCCGCUUCGUCCCCCGAGCGCCGUACGCAGCCGCCGUUCCGCUCCCCGGUGCCCGCGGGCCUCCGCGGCUCGGAGCCCAACCCUGGCGGCGGUCCCGCGGCGCUGAGCCCGCUCCCGGUUGAGGCACGGGACGAUGGCGGUGACGUAGGGCCUGGGCCGCCGCCAUGGCUCAGCCCCCACCGGAGGCCGCGGGGGGCGGCGGCGGCGGCAGCCGGGAGCGUUCGGCCCGGAGCCCCCCGCGCAGCGCCGCCUGGAACGGGGACUGCGGGCCGGAGCCGCCCGAAGACGACGGCAACGAGGAAGGAGACGGGGACGGCGCUUCGGCCCCCGACGGGCCCGGCCCGUGCGGCUGCCGGGAGGAGCGAGCGGCGCCCCGGGCCCCCCCGCCCCGGGACGGAUCCUGCGCUCUGGGCUGCCGCCGGCGAGCCGAGCCCGGCCCCGAGGAGGGCGACGAGGACCCGGGGAAGGCGACCCGGAGGCUGCGGAGGAGACAGCGGCCGCGUUCCGCCCCGAAGGAGAAGGAGGAGAGCGGCCGGGGGCGGCGGGGCGGCGGGGCCCGGUUGAAGGCGCUGCUGGAAGCGGCGCUGAGCCCGCUGUGCUCCUGCCUGAGCGCCGGGAUUGGAGGGACGGCGCCGGGCGGCGUGCGCGGAUGGACGCGGCGCGUCGGCCUGAGGGCGGCCCGGGGGCUGCGGGCGGGCGGCGAGCUGGCGCUGCGGCUGCUGUGGAUGCUGUGCGCGCUGCUGCUGCUGCUCCUCGUGCUGCUGCUGGGCGUGCUGCGGCUCUGCUGGCGUCUGGUGGCCGCCGGUGUGAGCGCGCUGGGCAGGACCCGGCUGGCGGAGCUGCUCGGUUCCGCCGUCCUCCGCCGGACGCGGGGGUUCCUCGGGGUGAAUAGGACUUGGCGGCGCCUCUGGGCCCGGUGGCGGAGGCGAAGCGCAGCCGAGGAGCUGAGGACGGGCUGCGGGCUGGGGGAUGCCGCGCCCGGCUGCGACGUGGGAGCUCCCGGCAGCUCCGCAGAGGAGGUGUCCCGGCUGCUGGCCAUGGCCGAGGUGCCCGAGGAGGAGCUGAACCCCUUCCAGGCGCUGGGAGUGGAAAUGACGGCGUCGGAUGCGGAGCUGAGGAAGGCGUAUCGCCGGCUGGCCGUGCUGGUUCAUCCGGAUAAAAGUGAGCACCCGCGAGCUGAGGAGGCCUUCAAGGUGCUGCGAGCGGCGUGGGACAUCGUCAGCAGCCCCGAGAAGAGGAAGGAGUACGAGAUCAAGAGGAUGGCAGAGAGCGAGCUGAGCAGGUCGGUGAGUGAGUUCCUGAGCCGGCUGCAGGAUGACCUGAAGGAGGCCAUGAACACCAUGAUGUGCAGCAAGUGCCAGGGCAAGCACAGGAGGUUUGAGAUGGACCGUGACCCACUCAGUGCCCGCUAUUGUGCUGAGUGCAGCCAGCUGCACCCCGCCGAGGAGGGCGACCUGUGGGCUGAGUCCAGCCUGCUGGGGCUGAAGAUCACCUACUUUGCCAUGAUGGAUGGCAAGGUGUACGACAUCACAGAGUGGGCUGGCUGUCAGCGUGUGGGGAUCUGCCCGGACACCCACCGUGUCCCCUACCACAUCUCCUUCGGGGUGCGGAGUGCUGGCGCAGGCGGGCGGCAGAGGAGCAGCUCCAAGGGCAGCCCCAGCUCUGCUGCCGACCUGCAGGAUUUCUUCACCCGCAUGUUCCAAGGGACCUCAGGACAGGUGCCUGGGGGGUUCCCACCUCCCCCUGCCCCCACAGCUCCCCAGGGGGCCACAGCUGGGACCACAAGGACCGAGGGGGCCGCCCCCAAGAGUGACACCAAGCACAAGAGGAGGAAGAAGGUGCGCCGGCCCUUCCAGCGCUGAGUGUGCUGUGCAGGGCUGCAACGUGGAGGCCCCAGCUCAGUGCUCAUGGACUCUCCCUGGCCAGGGAUGAUGGUGCUCUGUUGGGCACUAUAAGGGCUCUUCUUUCAAAUAAAAUCUAUUUUUUGUUGUUUU